CUCCGUUGACAGUCAUUCCCGUCAUUUCGCAGUUGGCCGCGUUUACGAUUUAACUAAACAACGUCGUGAACAGUUCAGUUGUCAUUUAGCAUUCGCGGAAAUAUCGCGCAAAUUUCUUUUUAAGAGUGGUCAUAAGUGUUCCCAGCAAAAUGAAGUACCUGCUGCCAUUCAUAAUUGGCAUAUUUUUAUUUACGGGCGUGACUCAGGUUACCGCUAGUGAGGAUGAUGGUGCCGACGUUGAGAAAGUUGACAUUGACUUGGGCGCUAGCCGAGAAGGUUCUAGAACAGAUGCCGAGGCACUGCAGCGGGAGGCUGAAGCGAUAAAGAUCGAUGGGUUGAACGUGGCACAGAUGAAUGAACUUCGCGACAAGGCGGAGAAAUUCACAUUCCAAACUGAGGUCAAUCGUAUGAUGAAACUCAUCAUCAAUUCGUUAUACCGCAACAAAGAAAUCUUCCUUCGUGAAUUGAUAUCCAACGCAUCGGACGCUCUCGACAAAAUCCGUCUACUAUCGCUUACAAGUAGAGCUGAGCUUGAAACAAAUCCUGACCUGCUAAUUCGAAUCAAAGCGGAUAAAGACAACAAAGUACUGCACAUCAUCGACAGUGGUAUCGGCAUGACGCGAAAUGAUUUAGUGAAUAAUCUUGGUACCAUUGCAAAAUCCGGCACUGCUGACUUUUUAGCGAAAAUGCAAGACACUGCGCAAGCUGAAGGUCAAGACAUGAAUGAUAUGAUCGGACAGUUUGGUGUAGGUUUUUACUCGGCAUUUUUGGUCGCUGAUCGCGUUGUAGUCACCACCAAGCACAACAAUGACAAACAGUACAUUUGGGAAAGUGACGCCAAUAGCUUUAGCAUCGUUGAGGAUCCUCGUGGAGACACUCUGAAACGGGGCUCACAAAUUUCACUGCAUUUGAAGGAAGAAGCUUUGGACUUCUUGGAAGAAGACACUGUCAAACAAUUGAUCAAGAAAUAUUCACAAUUCAUCAACUUCCCCAUCUACAUGUGGACCAGCAAAACUGUCGAGGAAGAAGUUCCAGUCGAAGAUGAAAAGAAGGAUGAAAAACCAGAAAGCGAGGAUGCUGAGGAAGAUGCUAAAGUCGAAGAGGACACAGAGGACGAUAAGCCAAAAACUAAGAAAGUCUCAAAAACAAUCUGGGACUGGGUUAUCAUGAACGAUAGCAAACCUAUUUGGACUCGCAAACCUGCUGAGGUGACUGAUCCUGAAUAUACGGAAUUCUAUAAGAGUUUGACCAAGGACACUUCAGAACCCUUGACUCACACUCACUUUAUUGCCGAAGGUGAAGUCACGUUCAAGAGUCUUCUGUUCAUUCCUAAAGUGCAGCCAUCGGAAUCAUUCAACCGCUACGGAACUAAGUCGGACAAUAUCAAAUUGUACGUUCGACGUGUUUUCAUCACCGACGAAUUCAACGAUAUGAUGCCAAACUACCUCAACUUCAUUCGUGGUGUUGUUGAUUCAGACGAUUUGCCACUGAAUGUGUCCCGUGAAACCUUGCAACAGCACAAAUUGAUUAAAGUAAUCAAGAAGAAAUUGGUUCGUAAGGCUCUGGACAUGAUCAAGAAGUUGGACAAGGAGAGUUACAACACUUUCUGGAAGGAGUUCUCCACGAACAUCAAAUUGGGCAUCAUGGAAGAUCCUAGCAACCGCUCCCGAUUGGCCAAACUUCUGCGCUUCCAUUCCUCCAACGGCAAAGAAAUCACUAGCUUGGCUGAAUACGUUGAACGUAUGAAGCCCAAACAGCAACAUAUCUUCUACAUUGCUGGAGCUACCCGCGCAGAGGUUGAGAAAUCACCAUUUGUUGAACGUCUCCUUGCCAAGGGAUAUGAAGUCCUUUACCUCGUAGAAGCAGUCGAUGAAUAUUCAAUUUCAGCUCUUCCCGAAUUCGAUGGAAAGAAAUUCCAGAAUGCCGCCAAGGAAGGAUUCAGCCUAACAGAUUCAGAAAAGGGUCGGGAGAAGUUCGAGGAGUUGAAGAAAACAUUCGAGCCAUUGACCAAAUGGUUGGAUGAAGUCGCAUUGAAGGAUGAAAUCUCCAAAUCGCAGAUUUCAGAACGUUUGAGCAACUCACCAUGCGCUUUGGUUGCGGGCAUGUUCGGAUGGACCGGCAACAUGGAACGCUUGGCUAUGUCCAAUGCCCAUCAGAAGAGCGAAGACGCCCAGCGAAGCUACUAUUUGAACCAAAGAAAAACAAUGGAAAUCAAUCCACGACAUCCUCUUAUCCGUGAGCUUCUGCGACGAGUGGAGGCCGAUGAAAGUGAUCCAGUUGCCAAGGACAUGGCCAUGAUGAUGUUCCGUACAGCAACAUUGCGUUCGGGUUAUAUGCUCAAGGAAACUGCCACGUUCGCCGACAGUAUUGAAAAGAUGAUGCGUCAAACGCUCAACAUUCCACUCGAUGAGUUGCCUGAAGCUGAUGAUGAUCUGGACGAGGAAGCGCAAGAUGGAAAGACUGCCGAUGACAAAGAAGAAGAAGCCGGCGAUGAUGGCGACCAAGAGGCCGAAGAGCAUGACGAAUUGUAAACUAGACUGAACUUUUCUUUUUCCUUUAAAAGGGAGAAACGCAACUAUUAUUUGCAUUCAAUAAACUUAAGUUCGCCCAUUCAUAUUCACUUAGCAUGUAAUGAACAUUUCUUGCGAGUUCUCGUUUUGGGAAUACUUUUGUCUGAACUGUAGGUAUUUAAUGUGUAAAAAGAACCACAGCAUAUUUAAUUUGCCAUUAUUGAUGAUUGAUCGUUGAUUGUGACAACAGUUUUGUCUUCUCUUCAAUUGUUUUGUAAUAGCGAAUUGAUGAUUGUAUGUAUCUUAAAUCCAAAUUCUAGUGUAAUUAGGUAGCUGUGCAUUUACGUAUAAGUAUUUAACAGCAAUCACUUGUGUUGAUUCACAUUCAACAUAGAAUACAAAACUAACACAGCGAGAAAUUAUUUUUCAUAUUUUAUAAAUAUAUCAAUGGAAACGAAA